ACUGGCCAAAAAUGUUCUCGUCUAGUUCGUUCUUAUUGUCAAGAUGUUAUUUUCGGAGUUCAUGAUGGUCGAGUUAAAACGUCAAAGCAUAUCAUGUUAGGUAUGACUCUAAAAAGCUUAACAAGCAGCAGAAAAAUAAUUGACAUUAUAAACAGAUAUGGACACUGUAUUAGUUAUCAAGGCGUUGAAGAAUUAGAAACUGAAACUACAUUUACAUCAAUGAAAAAGUCUAGCUUAUGUCCAGAAAAAAUAAAAAAAAAACCAGAGCUUUUUACUGGUGUGGCAUACGAUAAUUUUGAUCGUUUUGUUGAAACUUCUAGUGGUAAGGAUACUUUACACGACACAGUCGGAAUAAUAUACCAAAAUAUCGAUGCAGAUACAACUGACGAGCCUGAAAUGUCCGAAGUUUCAAGUGAAAAUACUUCGCCGAAUAAAAAAAGAAGAAGAAGAACAUUUGAUGAAAUAAAUAUAGAUGAAAUGCCAUACCCUAAGAAACCCAAAAUGACAAGUGAGUUACAAUUAUCAGUCGAUGAUAUAGAAUGUAUAGACUCUCAAAUAAACACGGAAAUUGACAACAUAUGGAUGAUUAGUCACGCUUUAGAAUUACCUGAUGUACCUAUGUGGGUUGGUUUCAAUAGUCAGAUUGAUGAUCAGGAUAGUCCACAACAACAUAUAUCUUACUUGACGCCGAUAAAUGCAUCUCCAACCAGUACACCAAUCGUAUUAGAAACUAUGAAACAAAGCCAAAAAAUAGCUGAAGAUUUACAGCAACCCUACAUACAGGUAACCUACGAUCUAGCUAUAGCUAAAGUAGCGUUACAAAUACAAGCUACAGAAAAACCAACAUUUGAUAAUUUAUUCAUUCAUUUAGGACCAUUUCAUAUAAUGAUGGCUUACUUCAAAGCUAUCGGUAAAGUAAUUAAUGAUUGUGGGUUGACUACUGUAAUGGUUGAGAGUAAUUUGCUGGCAAACGGUUCAGUUAAUGGGUUUUUAGAGGGAAAACACUUUAAUCGCUGCAAAAGAUUGCAUCCUUUAGUAGCAUUAGGACUAGAAAUACUACAUUUUAAAUCAUUUUUACAAAAUGAUAACAUUACCUUAACUGAGGAUAUAAUAGAUGAAGUUAAAAGACUCCAAAAUUGCAAAAUUUCUUUGUUUGAAAUUGAAAAUGAUGGCCUUAAAGAGCUGAUAAAUAACUACGGUAUCUACAAACAACAAACCCUUAACGGGGAGCAUGGUAAAACGUCACAAUUUUAUCUAAUUUAUAUAAAUCUUAUACAUCAUUACUUGGACUUGUCUCGAAGUAUUCGUGCUGGAAAUUUUCAACUCUUUAAAUCAGUGUUACCUAAAAUUACAAGCAUUUUUUUUAUAUUGAAUCAACAAAACUAUGCUAGGUGGAGCGUCAAAUAUUAUGAUAAUCUACUGCAAGUUGACAAAACUCAUCCUGAUUUGUAUGAAGGAUUCCUAAAAGGCUGUUUUGGAAUUAAAAGAACUACCAAGCCAUUUUCAAGACAACCUAUUGACCUGGUUCUAGAGCAAACUAUAAAUGCAGAAGCUGCAAGAAGGCUGACAGGUGUUAUACACUUCACUAACUCAAUUUCGGCGCGACAACGGUGGGCUCGAAACCAUGAUGUGAGAUCUACAAUUAUAAGUCAAGUUUAUCUUGAACUUGGACUACAAAAACAUCAAGAUAUUUCAGCAGAUUUGAAUCCCCAUAAUAUCAGGAAAAACGCCAAACAAUUACAACAAUUUGUCGCAACUUUCGAUCAAUUUAUCAAUCCUUUCAGUUUAGAAGUUCCCAAAGACCAAUUAGUAAAUAUUUCAUCAGGAAAGUCCGCAUCACUGCCAGUAGAAGAAUUUCUAUUAAAUUUAGAAGCUAACGGCGAUAGCCUUCGAAAAACAUUCAUUUCUGAAUGCCAAUCUGAUAUUACGCGAUUUGAAAAAGCUAUUAAAAAAAAAUCUAUUAAUAAUUUUUCUAAAGAUUAUGAAAAAAAAAAAAUUAAAGUCGGUGGACAAAUUCAAGAAGUUAAAAUUCAAAGGGAUUUAUUUGGACGUAUGCUGGGAAUCUCAAUGGAUUACAGCAUUGACAUUUCAAAAAUCUUAUCCUACCCGAUUACUUCAGUACCGUUGUCAAUGUGUCAUUUGGAUGGGACCGUUUGCAAGACCGAUAAAUCUGCUUUGAUGAAAUGUUUAGAGAAAGAGGCCGAGCAUGAACAGCCAUCUCAAAUUGAUAUUCUAAUAAUUGACGGUUUUUUUUUGUUACAUACAAUGAAAAAUGUUCCUAGAAAAUUCGGAGACAUUUCUAAAAAAAUGUUGCAGAUGGUAACUCAAUUAAAAGCGUCAAGAAUUGAUGUCGUUUUCGACCAGUAUUUUACCCCAUCGAUAAAAGGAUACGAACGUUCUCUGCGAUUUGAAUCUGCACAAUUGGAGUAUACUAUUGCUGGUCCUGAACAAGUCCGUCCUAGUGACUUUGUCAAAGAAUUAAAAAAUUCUAAUUUUAAAGAAGCUCUAGUUGAUUUUUUUAUUUUACACUGGGCUUCUGACGAAAUGGCGCCGUUUAUUGGCAAUAAAAUGAUACAUAUAAAUUUCAGAAAAUGUCAUUCGUUUACUGUUAAUGAGGCCAAAAAAGUGAUGUCAGGUGUAAAUGAGGAAUUGUCUUGCCCAGAGCAUGAAGAAGCAGACACCAAAAUAGUGUACCACGCGUGUAAAAUUAACCAUGAAGCAAACAUUGUGAUUCGAACUGUUGACACCGAUGUUGCUGCUAUAAUGCUAAGUCACAUGCAUCGUCUUAAUGAUGGAUCACAUGUUUGGAUGCUUACAGGAGCUGGAAAUAAUUUAAGAUAUGUGGACCUAACUAAUAUACACGCCAAAUUAGGAGAAUCUAUUUGCAGAAGUUUACCUGGACUACACGCUUUCACAGGAUGUGAUUACAAUCCUGCAUUUUACAGAAAAGCAAAAUUAAAACCGUUUAAAUUGUUAAAAAAAUAUGUAGAGUUUCAACAAGCAUUCAUGAAGUUUGGUGACAGCAAAAUCAUCGAAAAUAACAAUGAACAAGUAUUAAUCUUCGAUAUAAUUCAAAGUUUUGUAUGCUAUCUAUACAAUAUGAAUGAUAUCAAUGAUGUUGAUGCUGCUAGGCUACAAAUGUUUAUUAAUUCGUAUACAGUAUCUGAUGUGAACGAAGCUUUUAAUCGAAAAAAGUUGCAAAAUUUCGAUGCUAGCUGUUUACCACCUUGCAAAAGUGAGCUAUGGCAGCAAUUUUUGCGAGCGAAUUACAUAUGUAGCAUAUGGAACAACGCUCACUUACAAAAGCCAACAGCAUAUAAACCAGUAAAUAAUGGUUGGAUACUGGAAAAUGACCACUACUAUUUUAAAUGGUUUGAAGGAGAUCAAUUACCGACUUAUGUCAGCGAAUCUCUAAAAACAGUUCCAGAAAACAAUGAAGAAGGCGAUAUUGAAGACGAUCAAUCCACAGAAUGGAAUAAUAGUGACGAGGAAUAUGGAUGUAUUGACGACGACGAUGAAAAUGAUGAAAAUGUUUAAAGAUUUUAUUAAAAUAAAUAUAUUUUUCUGUAA